AUGCUUGGAUUACAUAAUUGGAUUCAAUUUUAUUUGAAAGAAAAGAAGAAGGAAAUAAAUUAUUAUGGAUGGAAGAAGAGUACUCUUCAUGAACAUUUAAUCACGAUAGAAUAUCUUGAUGAAAAUCAAUAUAGAAAACCAAUGGGUUCAGUUUUUGUUGGAUCAUCACCAGAAUUCGAUAUUGCUAUUUAUACAGUUACAUUUUUAUUAGGUGCUAGACAUUACACUACAGUAAAAAUUGAUGGAUGUGAAAUAGUAAUAGUUUGUGAAAAAUUAACACCUACUGAAAUGAGUACAUGUUAUAUGAAAUAA